UUCCCAUUUAAUGCUCUCAAUCUUUAAUCUCACUUUUCUCUUCCCCACUCUUUUUCUCGGGGAAAAUUCAAACUAAAACCCGUUUAAUAACAACACAAUUUCCGCCAUAUGUGGUUCGAGGUUUGAACAUAAAAGUGUCAACCAAGUAGGAGAGUGGUGAAUGAGAAAGUGGAUGUAGGGGUUGAGGGCAUUAAAUAGGUUUUAGUUUGAAUUCAUUCCAAUUUAUUCUUGUGGACUACAUUGCUAGUGCAGAUUAUUUUUAUGGAGCCUCUUAAUAAGGAUUAUUUGGGAUUAUUUUUGUGAAUUUCGCCUUUUGAAAAUUCUCUCAAAAUGAUUUCAUUUUUUCAGUUAUUUUUUUAAUGUUUUGGGUCCCAAAACUAAUUUAUCAAAAUAUUAAUAUUUUACAUUGAAAGGUGGAUAUUUAAAAUUAUAGUUAUGCAGAAAAACAAAUCAAAGAAAAAAUUGCAUAUUAUAAUUUAAGUAAUGGUUUAUGAACCCAAUAUUUAAUAAAAAUGCAGAGUGAAUUUUAUUCAAUGUUAUAAUGCUAAGAAAAACUGUAUCCAUUCAUCAAUUUUAGUCAAUUCAUGAUUUUCAUAUUGACAUAGUUGAAUGUUUAUCCACGGUGUAAGGAUCCAUAUAAUCUUAAAGAGAAAGAUGUACGCUAGCAGAACCAUACUCAUUGAUUUUCUAGAAUAACUCACCUUCGGGAUAUUUUUCUAAGGGUGCCAAAAUUCAUGAAAAUAACUCUGAAUUUAUUAUGCAAGUACCCAUCAAGCAAUGUCGCAUAAAAUCCGAUAUCUCCACCCUACAUCAUCCAAUGACUGUCUUCAUCAAAGACAGAAUCUUUGUGAUAUCCCUCCUUCACCUUACCUCUUAACUUCUUCAAAAGCUGAGUUCAUGGGCAUAAGCUUGAACCCGAUCUUUAUAUUUCGUGAUUGCCAUUGCUUGUAUGUUUGAGGUCUUUCAAAGUUUCAAACCUUUCGAAGCCCUCAUAUGCAAUGACAUUCAUUAUCUCCGGUGCUAUGACUUCUUCUUCGAAACAAAACCUAUCAUCAUCACAGGGGUAAAGUGGAAUCAUUCAAAUCACAGAUAAUAGAGUAAAAGAAAAAAUUCCACUUUUCGUCCCUUGAGUAUUAUACCAAUUCUGCAUUACGUACAUGACUUUUGACUUGUCCACAUUUAGUCCCUACGUUUUGUCCCGUCACCCUCCGUCGUCCUUCCGAUCAAAAGUCCGGCCAUUUUCAUCAUUUAUUAAAAAAAGGAAGGUUAUUUGAGUAAUUUGAGAUUCUUAAAACGACCAAAAGCCCCACAAGGCCAUUCUCCCCCUACCUGCGCUUACUCUCUCACACCGGUACUAAACCAUUUCUUCCGGUCGAAGGUCUGAUUUUGGUCAAUUUGUCAAACCCUAAUACCUUACCUGUGAAUGAGGACACGUUCGGCUGGAGUGUUUGCCAUCAGAAUGGGGCGCAAAUUGAAUGGAGAAGGAACAAGUGCUCAACAAAGUUCUUCAUCAAAUGUUGGUGGUAAUGCCCCAUGUGAAACCAUAUUUACUCUAAAGUUGAGGUACGGAGAAAGAGUGAGUGAGAGUAGCAGACCAUCUUACAUGGGAGGUACUACACAUUUGUUUUCUAAUGUGGAUGUGGAUGAGUUUGGGUUAAUUGUGUUGAAAGAGAAACUAGAAAAAGUUGGUUGCACAAAGAAGUUAAGAAAAGUCUUUUCCUAUUCAAAUUCUUCACUAAAUGAACUGAAAGGUGACUCUGAAAUCUAGUCCUUUGUGAGUAAUUGUAAUGUGGGUAAAAUUGUGGAGUUAUGGGAAGAAUUUGAAGAAGUUGAUGACAAUGGAGAUAAGAUGAGGACACCUCAGACAAUGAUUUUGCUUAUAGUGAAAAGGAGCUAGAAGACUUUUCAAGGGGUGAUGAAGAUUCCGAUCUAGGGCACUUCAUAUGUGAAGAUUUUGAGAAAUACAUAUAUCCAACAGUUGAAUAUGGUGGUAUGCACAAUAACAACGAAGGACAGAACAUAGGAAGUGAACCAUUAGUGGUUGACCCCGAUCCAAAUUUGUCUGAUGAUGCUUCCAUACAUGAUUCAGAUUCCGAUGCUGAAUUUGUGCCCUAGAAUAGUGAAAAAGUUACAAGACAUUGAGAAGUCAGUUGCAGGUUUAAUAGGUUAUCAGUGUGGUGAGAAUGACAUUGAAAUUACUGGAAUGAGUGGUACGCAACAUGGGGUUGAUUUAGAGAGGAAAAUAUGCACAUGCAGGUUGUGGGACUUAACUGGUAUACCAUGCAAGCAUGAUGUGUGUGCUAUUUGGUUGAAGUAUGGAAGGGGUCCAGCUGAUGCUUACGUUCACCCAUGUUACACAAAAGAAGCAUAUUUGAAGAUAAAUGUUGGCACUAUAAAGCCAAUGGCUGGAAAGGAUGAGUGGCCUAUUAAUGAGAAAAUCCCCCUACUUCCUCCUGUGUAUUCUGCCAGACCUGGAAGGCCAAGCAAAUUGAGGAGGAAAUUAGUUGUGGAUCUGACAAAUGAUGGAGUAAGAGUAGUAAGGACACACAUUAAGAUGCAUUGUACAAAGUGUAGAAAAGAAGGCCAUAAUGCAAGGAGGUGUCCCGAAGAUCCAAAUAACCAAGAGAAACUGGUAAACGGAGUCAUGCUUUAUUUAUGUCAUUUACUUAUUACCACUAUGUGCUUAAUUACAUUUAUAUUUAACCAUUAUCCUUUUUCUACACUUAGCUUCAACCUAGAAAAAGAAAACCAAAAUCUGCACCAAGGUAUACUCGAGGAAGUGUUGGUCAAAGUGCUGUAAAUGAGGAUAUGGAAGCAACCAAGGUUUAUGAUUUAGAUAAGGACAACCUUGUAGAUAUCAAUAUGCAACUUGAAGACUUCCCAUCUGCAGCAGCUGAGUUUCCUAUUGUUAUUUCAUUAUAAGAAACUUCAAUGUUCACUCAAGUCAAUGACCAAGAAGCUGAAAGACAGACUAGAGAAGAGACUCAAACCCAAGUGAAGAUAGUGCUGAAAACCAGAGUGAUGGUAUUGAUGAAAACAAGAGUGAUGAUGUUGAAAAGGACCAGAUCCAUGAGUUUGAGCAGAGAAAUAGUCAUGGAGUCAGGAUCAUCUUUGGUCCACCCCCUCUUUCUAAGGUGAUGAGUGCCCUAGAUACCAACUGAGUCCCAAGUGAGGUAAAAGUCUAGAGGGGGGGGGGGGGGGGCUGCCGAAAUCCUGAAGGAGAUGGCUGCCUGUCAGUGUGGGAGCUGACUGCCAAUCCUUAGGAGCAGGCUGCCGAAAUAAUAUUUUUGUUUGUUUUAGUUAAGGUAUAACAAUGAACUAUACUAACUUAUUAGCUGGCUUUAGAACUUGUCUAACACAUGAGUAUGAAGGAUGUAGACCAAUAGAAAUAGGUCACUUUGAAGAACAAAUAACAAGGAGAUGACUCACAGUGAACUGGGAAAGUUCACUGGACAAUUUUAGUGAGCAAGCUGAUUUUCUGUGGAGUUAUGAAGGUGAGUGAGUACUGAAUGUGUGUUAGGAGCAGAAUGUAAAAGGUGACACAUGAUAUAUCCUGGUUCAGAGGUGGUGUAAUCCUCCUACAUCCAGUCCCAACCUAUUUUAGAUGGAUUUCCACUAAAUGAAUAUCCCAUUACAUUUAGUGUCCCAAUCUACCCUUGGCCCAGGCGUAGAUUGUGAGGUUUUUCACAAGGAACUUAAACAAUGUUCCAAGCUACUCAGUCCUCCCAAGGUUUUUCACUAAUGGCAUUGACUCGCCAAGAGCUACUCAUGUCCUUGCCCUUUCUCACCUUCUGGAUUUGAUCACAAAGCCCUCCAGAAUGUCUAACACUAGUCUAGAAUACAUGGGUGUAUUGCUAAACUACCAACUAAUCUAAGCUCUGUAGAUGUGUAUGAAUUAUAUCUAGUCUAAGAGCAUUAGACGAGUGGGGUGGCAGCCGAAGUGUAGAAGGGAAAUUAGCUGGCUGGAUUUCUUCAUGUAAAGUAUGAUUUCCUUCUAUCCAUUUGGCUUCUCUCAUUUUACCACACUUGGUAUUCCCACACUCCUUCUGUAUUUAUAGACUUGAUCAUUGCAUCUCCACCGUUGGCUGAGGAAAUGAAUCUUGACCGUAGCUUGAUCUACUUGCUUUGUUCUACUUGACCGAGGCAGCAUGAUUUGUCUUUGUCACGUAGUGACACGGAUCAACAAUCUUCAGGACAACUUGUUUACACAUUUCAAUGCAAGAUAAAAGAUGAAUUAUCUUUAUUUUCUUACAUGUAGAAACUAGUAUAAAGUUGAGUGAUAUUUCAAUGCUUGCUUACAAA